AGCGUAGGGGAACCCCGAUCCCUCCGUCGAAGGAGCUGCAGGAUGGGAGAGGCGGGUUUGUUUGUGCCUUCAGAAAGGGGAAGUGGUGAGACGGCUGAGCUGGAGGUCCCCACCAGCAAACCGCCCGCACGGCUGCUGCUUCCCCGAUGAGUCUCUGCUCCUCGCUUCGUUCCAGCAUCUGGAGAAGGAGCGGGACCGUCGGGUGCAAGUGCGCUUGGAAGACUUGCUGGGGAGAUGCUGCCAGCCUUUGGGGGUCCGAGGGCAAGCCAUGCUUACGGGAAUGCACUGACCACAGCGCUGCUGCCUCCGAGUAUCACACCCAAAAAACCUUCCUCCCAUCCCUGAUUGCUGAGAAUGACUCCUUCUUCACCAGCAUGGCUGAAGAAAAGGAGGACUCAUCUUCCGUAGAGCUGGACGUCCCAACAGCAGAUUUGCACAGCAGCGUGGAGGAUCUCCUCUCAGACUCUGCUCUCCAUGGCACAGAGUAUUUCAGAGAUCUGGGGUUUCUGAGCCUGCCAACUACCAGCACAGCACCAGAGACUGCAUCACCGUCAGAACAAGCGCCCCAAGCUGUAUCUGCCUUUCGCUUAUUGGAAGAGAGACCGAGGGGGUUGAGCAAAAUGUCUGUGGAUGUUGCUUUUUCCAAUCCUGUCUCCUGCUCGGUGCGUUAUGGGGAGGCCGACUGCCACUUCCUGAACAGAGACUGCGUUUCCUCCCGCGCAGCAGUGCCACAAGAGGCAACUGGCACCUCUGAGUGUCCUGCAGAGCCAGGCAAAGCACUGGAGCUGCAGGAGGCCGAGGAGACCUUCCCCACGCUGGUGAGGUCCAUGUCUACCUCACGGAGACACAGCUGGGAGAGCCCCGUAUCACCCCUGGACUGCACGCGCAGGUUCAGCCUGGACGCCACAGAGAUGGGCAGUGACCCAGAGCAGGAGGACGUGGCGAAGGGGAGUCUGUCCUGCCCGCAGCCUCUCGUGUCCCUUCAGCUGCCCAGAGGGGAGCUGGAAGCCUGCAGCGGCAGCGGGGGCGGCACGGUGAUCAAAGUGGAGAUAGAGCCGCUGCGCCCGAACCUUGCGGUGGGCCCCAGCUUCGAGGAGGCGGAAUGUGGCAGCAAUGGGAAGAGACUGAGGUCAAGGUCUGUCCCAUCAGCCUGCGACAAGGUUGCCUCCCCUCAGAUACCUUGCAGUUUCAACACUCCUCUUCCAGCCAUGGAAGGUGUUGAACCCCCUGCUCUGGAGAUGCUGGAGAAGGACCACGUGUCCCCAGACCACGUACUAAUUGUCCAGCAGGUACUUCAGGAGCUGAAACAAUAUCAUGGGGCCAAGCAGAGAGCAUGUGUGCAAGAAAGUAGUGAUGCUUCCCAGCAGAACCUCACGUGGUUUGAGUUCCUGUCUAAUGAAAAUGAGGACAGUGGAAAGACUGAUAAAGCAGAGAGAGGCACAAAGGUGAUGCGACGUCUGAGUUCCCUGCGGAGCCGAGUCACUGGGUCCUGGCAGAAGGAUAAGGGUAAGAACAAAGAGCAGCCCAAAGAGAAAGAGAAGGAGAAAGAGCCAAAGGAGCCAAAAGAGAGGUGGAAAGAGAUCAAUGGGCACCAGCUUGUGCCAGGAGUUUUCUCCAGUUGCACCAGCUGCUCACUGUGUGCCAAACCUCUUGUGAAUAAAAGUGGUCUGCAGUGCCUGAAUUGUGCAGUGAAUGUCCAUAAGAACUGCAAGAAUUUACUGGCUGAAUGCAGCAGCAUCAGACCCAAGAAAGAUUUGCAGCACAGACCUUCUGGAUCUCCACAAAGUUCGUCCCAGUGCAUUUCCCCAGCCGCUUCUUUGAAGGAGCAGCCCCGAGGUCUUCUCCUGGGACCGGAUGGCACCCCAGUAUUAUCGCGGAACCUCGGUAUGACUAUCGCCCAGAGAGGAAAUUCUCAGUCUUCACUGAAUACUGCUGGAGCUGUUAAUAAAUUUGGACUAAUUUCAGGAGACAUGGAUGAAGGGGAUUCUGGAUUUAUAAAAUUUAAGCAGGCAUCAGAUGAUGUUGUCUCACUUGCACCUUCAACGUCGGACUCCAUUUUUCUGGAAGAUGCAUAUUCUGUGUCCCUCCGAAGUGAAAUAGAAACAGAUGCUCUUGAGUUUGAGGCAGAGUCUUGGAGUGUUGCAGUGGAACAGCCUUAUGCAAAAAGGCAAAGGAAAGAAGUUAUAAAAAGGCAAGAUGUCAUUUAUGAACUAAUGCAGACUGAAAUGCACCAUGUCAGAACACUGAAAAUUAUGCUGAAGGUGUACUCCAAAGCCAUGAGAGAGGAACUGCAGUUCCCAAAUGCAGUCAUCAACAAACUUUUCCCUUGUGUGGAUGAGUUGCUGGAGAUGCAUGGGCAAUUCCUGCUCCAAUUAAAGGAGCGGCGAAGGGAGUCCUUGGAAGAAGGCAGUGACCGAAAUUAUAUUAUCCAGAACAUCGGGGACAUCUUGGUAAAGCAGUUUUCAGGUGAAAAUGGGGAGAGAAUGAAAGAAAAAUACGGUGUGUUCUGUUGUGGUCACAAUGAAGCUGUUAGUCACUAUAAAGACCUUCUCCAAAGCAAUAAGAAGUUCCAAAACUUAAUAAAGAAAAUAGGCAACUGUUCCAUUGUGAGGAGACUUGGCGUUCAGGAGUGUAUCCUUCUAGUUACACAGCGCAUCACCAAAUAUCCAGUGUUGGUGGAACGUAUUAUUCAGAAUACCAAAGCCGGAACUAAAGAUUGUGAAGAGCUGACACAGGCUCUCAGUUUAAUUAAGGACACGAUCACUCAUGUGGACGCCAUGGUAAAUGAGUGUGAGAAGGGGCAGCGCCUUAAAGAGAUUAUGCAUAAAAUGGAGCUAAAAUCAUCUGGAAAAUCCAAGAAUGGGCUUUUGUUCCGGAAGGACGACAUGGGGCAGAGGUGGCUUCUGCUGGAUGGGAUGCUAUACUGGAAAGCUGCAUCAGGGCGACUCAAAGAUAUUCUGGCAGUCCUGUUAACUGAUGUGCUUUUGCUAUUACAAGAAAAGGACCAAAAAUAUGUAUUUGCAUCAGUGGACUCUAAACCACCAGUUAUCUCAUUGCAAAAGUUGAUUGUAAGAGAGGUAGCUAAUGAGGAAAAAGCAAUGUUCUUAAUUAGUACUUCCUUAAAAGGACCAGAAAUGUAUGAAAUUCAUACAAGCUCAAAAGAAGAGAGGAAUUCCUGGAUGGCUCACAUUCGCAGAGCUGUAGAAAGCUGUCCUGAUGAAGAAGGAGGAAUGUUUUCUGCUUCAGGGUCACUAAAGAGGCUGGCUGAAGCAAGAGCUGCUAAGUUAAAAGAAUUUCAAGAGCGUUUGAACAUGAAAGAUGACCUGAUUGUGCAAAAUCUGACUGAGAAGCAACAGAUUUAUCUAGAAAUGUCUGAAAUGAAUGGGUUUGAAGACCAUUCCCAAGGAGUCCGAUCUAGACUACUUUUUCGGGGGGAUAACUCAGAGGAUCUGCAAGGAGAGGUGAUUUUGAAGUCUGCAGUGACAGAAGCUGAAAAUCUCCAGAACCUCAUCUUAACUCACUUGGGCAAUGGAUCCUCUCAGCCUGAAGAUAGCUUUGGGUUGGGACUCCCCAAGAGAGCAGACCCCUUUGGAGGAUAUGACAUCAGCCCCUCAAUUUCAAAUAAAAAUGGUAGUUUUAGGAAAAACAGUGGUGGUGACCAGAGACAGUGGGACUGGAGAGGCCCUGCAGCAAAUUCAGAUGUGCAGCUCCAUGACCUCCCUUUUGAUGCAGAGGAAGCAUCUCAAACCAGUGACACAACGAGGCUGGGUGAUAGCAGUGGUUUGCAGCCCACCAUCGAGUCUGAGCUUGUCCAAAGGAUACAGACGCUGUUACAGUUGCUCUUCAGUCUACAGGCAGUGAUAUCUCAGCAGGACAGCUAUAUUGAGAUGCAACGAGCCACCAUGGCAGACCGGGAGAAGCAAUACCGGCUGCAGUCUACGCGAGGCAACCUGCUGCUAGAGCAGGAGAAGCAGCGUAACUUUGAAAAACAGAGAGAAGAGCUGAUGUAUGUACAGAAACUUCAGAACCAGCUGAAGCUGGAACAGCAGCGCUGGGAACGGGAAAGAAGUCGGCAGCAGAGGGAAUUUGAAAGAACAGAAGCCCGGCUGCAGGAGCGCGAAGAGGAGAUUCGGCAGCUAAAAGACAGGUUGAGUCAGGACAAGGAAGAGCUAGAGAGGCAGCGAGAGGCCUAUCAGCAUGACCUGGAGAGGCUUCGGGAAGCUCAGAGAGCAGUUGAGAAAGAGAGAGAGCGUCUAGAUCAGCUAAGGAAGCUGAAGAAACAGAACACAAUGUCAGGCACCUGCUCCCCAGAAUUGGGACAGAAUCAGAUGCUGAGCCAUUCCACUAGCUUCAAUGGAGAAGGGGUAGAACCACCUCUACCAGUCUUGAAAACCUCUGGGAGAGUGAGCGUCUGCGGGAUGGAUUACUUGGAACGGACGGAGCUGGUUCGUAGGGACAGUACUACCAUGGAGAACCGUCCAGUUCUUGCGCUGAAGAAUGAAGUGCCAAUACAUCUCCUGAGUGCAACUAAUCAGAUACAGAAACCAGCUGCAGUUCAGCAGCAGAUUCCUACUAAGCUUGCCACUUUUACAAAAGGAAGCAAAGAGAAAGGUGGGAAGAACAAAGCAUCUCAUCGGACAGACAGUUCGGCAUCUGUUGAUCAGAAACAGCUGAUUCCUCCCAGGCUUGUUGGACGAGAGGAGGGUGUCUUGAGAGGCAGGCGAUCGGCAAGUCCAGUCCUCCCAAGCAGCCAGACCACUGCAUUCCAGCCAGAAUUGUACAGCCCUACUGAUGCUCAGCCAGAAGCACUUUCGUCUGCCUCAGCAAACUUAUUCAAGCCCAAUAACGUUCCUGUCCAGACCUCGGUGGCCUCUCAGCCGACUCUGUUAAAUGUGCAAGAUGAUACCAGCAAAGAAGAUGUAAUUUUUUUCUAAUUGUUUCCAUUUAAAGAUUAGUCUUUUGACAUACUGUUUCAAGAACUCAGGCCCAAGUGUUCAACGUGACAGAGACCCGAUGUGGAUGUCUUUUCAUCCCUGCCCCUUUAAUACUAGCAAGGACCGGACCAGGAUUACUGUUUUACUUUGUUUGUCUUCUCUGCCAGCAGCUCAGAAUGAGGACACAGUAGUAAUAACUUGCUUUUAAUUUCUCCAAACAUGGAAAUGUAUUGAUACAUGGCAAGGAUAUAUAAAUUCAGAGCAUAUUAAAAUGCUGCUAUUUACUGUAAUUUGCUCUCUUUGGUGAAUCUGCGCUCUUUGUGGGCACCAUCUUGUGAAGUAAACUGUUUUAAUUGAUGUCAAACCUCCCAGAUUUUUUUUAUGUAAAAAAUUUUAGUAGUAGGCCCCAAAUGACUGAGAAUUUUUAAAUCCAUUAUUACAGAUACGUGGUCAGUGUAAUGGAUUAUGCUAACUAUGUUUCCCUAACUAGUUGACUAGCAAGCCAGUCUCCUUACAGCCAGGUAUGGCAACCAUUGCGAUACCCACUCACAGGAGCCAGACUAGCAACUCUGUUCCUUUAGUGAGUCAGUGGAACACGUCUGAUGGGCAGGUACAGUAGAAGAGAGAAGGUAAGCUGCUUGAGAGCCUUCAAGGGUCAGGAGCUCCACCUGCUUGUGGACAUGAAGGGUUGGACAUGUGAAAAUAUACAACAGUAAUGAAGAGUUGGACUAAAUGCACGUUUCUUUGGCCAUCACCUUGCACCAGGGAGUAACUAUGUCCUUAGAAACAUACUGGGUAGUUCUCCAUGUUAGCGAGAGUGGUGCAGAUUCCCAAGCAAAACUGAUGAGUUGGUUUGGAAUGAACUUAGAGACUUGCAUUUUACUCCUUGCUGAAGACAUAGGAAGUGUUCGAACGCAGUAAUUUAUUGUCUUGUUUAAUCCUAAGUUUUCUGCAUUUCUUGUUUGUCUGCUAGUUUGAUGGGACAUUACUCCAAGUAUCGGAAGAUAAUAAAGCUGCUGUUACUGCAGAGACUUCUCUGCAACACUGUGUUAGGAAUGAAGGGAAUAAGAACUAUUUCUUAAAAAAUGUACCAUUCGCUAAACCUCCAUUGGUUUAGCUGCUUAAAGCUAAGCCAGCUUGGCCACCGCUUAUUAAAUGGGUCAGUUUGUAAUCAUGAAAUGGUGAUGGUGUUAACAUAUUUCUGUUCAAAAGGCAUUGUGCCCCUUUGUAGUAAUUUGCACAGUAAUCUGGUGUAUAUUAUUUCUGUAUGUCAGUUUUUGUUAGUCACUUCACCUAAGGACAUGUAUUCCAGCACAUGCUGAAGGAGGCCAGUCAGAUACGUUGUGCACAGAAGAGCUUGUUUAGAGGGGAUUGUUACAGAAUGAGAGAAAUCAGUAUCUCAGACCUUAAAAAUGUGCGUUAAUACCUUUCGGAAUAUGAGUGGUAAUAGUUUUGUCAUAUCGUUAACCCUGGUUAAAGAAUCCUUCUGUAGUGCUUCUUGGAUUUAAUGUUCAUUUCUUUGUGAACUGAUAUUGGUGUAAACCUGAAGCAAUGCUAUCGAAUUCAAUGGAGCUGCAAUGUUGUGAAUGAGAGGAGACUCCAAACCGUCUGACUUUUUACUAGAAUAAAUUAUCACCGUUAAAUAGGAUACACUUGACUGUAAUACCAAAGUAUUGCUUUGGUAAAUCAUCAGUCUUGCAGAACUGAUGCAGAUUAUCAAUGGUUAAAUUUGCAAAAUACAGUAUGGUCACUAUUGGGAACAUAGUGAUUUUUGUAUUGUUGUGAUAUGAUGUUGAUGAUGGUUAGAACAUAGUUCUACAUCGUAUUCUUUUUUGCAUUCCUAAAUGUUAGGUUGAAAUGGAGGGGAAUUCUUCUUAAAAGAAAAAUCAGUUCUGAUCAAGCUGGCAUGUAAGAUCCAACAGCUUUAUAGGAAUGAUCUUUUUCAGUCUGCUGAUGUCGAGGCUCCAGUCAUCUGUGAUACCCAUGUAUUUUCUUCCAUAAACAUACAGUGAAGCAGCAAGAAUGCACAAUAUGUUCUUGCCUUUAUGCUGUGGUUUGGGCCACUCCUAGUGAAAAUGCUGUGUCCCCAUUUCCUUCGAUUACCAGGUUUUUAGGAGUUGUAGCCUGAAGUUAAGUUAAAUGAGUGGAAUGAACUCAUGUCCUGAGCCUCAGCCAAGAAGCAAGGUCUCCAUUGGCUGUUUGGAGGAUUUAAAUCAAUUUUUAGAAACAUUUAUUUGGUUUAAUUUUGUGUCUGCCCUAAAGUAUAGGAGAAAGACUUGUAUGGACUGAGGAGGUUUAUUUGGCUGCUUUUUUUCUUCUUCCUCUGUACAGUGAACAAAGUCAGAUACCGAACAGUGACAUCUGGAAAAUAUUAUGUCUGCAGUGAGGUCUCAUUUCUUUUAGUAUGUUUGAACUUAAAUAUAACCAUUUUAAUCCUCUUUGUCAGCAGUGCUUCAAAUAAGUUGUUAUGACGACUAGCAAAUGGACGCAGGAUGCUUACAGGCUAGGCUGCUGGCUCAGCAUCACAAAAUCUCCUUGGAAUAUGGAUCUUCAUUCUGUAACUGAGAAAUUACCUUAUCGCCUGUCCUCAAUACACGUCUAGCCGCCGCUAGUGCUGUGACAGCUGUUUGCACCUUGAAUAGAGCCUGGAUCUCCAUCCACUCAUAGUCCCUUGGGUCAAAAUCAUUAUGUGCCAUACUAGCUAUUGAUGUGGCUUCCUGUACAGUACCCAGCUAGGGAGAGGCUUUAGAAUUAGCAAAUGCUGUGUUAUCUCCUUAUUAGUGCAAUGACAGACCAGCGUAUGGUAAAAUUAUUUAUAGAAAGCAGAGGGAAGCAAGUGAAAGACUUUAUUUAAAUGAAAAAUGUGUCAUCUCUUCACUUUUGCAAAGUUUAAUCUGUCAAAUUGUCAUUCAGUCACUCCAGUUGAGUGAGCUAGUUUUGGAUUCUUAACUCUGAUUUGAAGCAAAAUUAUCUGCUGAAGCAGAUUAGAUUACAAAAUACUGCUGUGUCCUGGGCUAAGUGACCUGCUUUUGCUUGUCAGUAAAAUUCUUUCCGUUUGACCUUUUGGUUACUUAAAAUAAAAGUUUGCUUCUAACUGAUGUCAAAGGAUUAGACAGUUCAAAAUUCUGUGCCUCCCAGGUGCUUUUUGGCUUUUUUCCUGAGCUGGGGUGUGGAGGAAAUUAGGGCACAAGCUUUGAACUGCCUUUUUCUUUGCUUUGUGUCACAGCCUUAAAAUUAUGAUUGUAUUUAAUAUUGUGAUGUUGAAAUAUAGAGACUAUGGUUUUGAUCUUCAAUUUUAAACUCUGGCGUAAAGGAUGCUUCCUCUAUUCCUUCCCAUUCAGACUAUAGUCGUUUUGUCUUUCAGACUGAAGAUCCCUCCAUAUUCACUAGUAUUGAGCACAUCUGCCUUGUGUGUAUUGUAAAUGCUCUCCUAGUUUUUAAAUGUACUAUCUGUGGAUUGUCGUUGUGGCAUGUUCCACAAAUUGAAAUUGCUUAUCAUUUCCCAGUGUGAGGCAGAAGAAUUGGUAUUUCUAGAGAUGCUUGCUCACCAAGGUAGUAGCAUUCCUGCAAAGGUAGGAGUAAUUCUAAAUAAUUUGCUGGCAGUUUUGUCUUUCUGCGUAGUAGUGAGAUAAUCCUGCAUUCAUGGAACUUGGUGUUUGCCAUUUGCAUUUGCAAUGAAAGUCGAAAAUUAGACUAGCCAAGGGUUAAAAAUAUAUGUUUAGUUUAACUUCUACAUUCAAUCCUUCAGAACUGGAGCGAAGGCUCCCCUGGUGCUGCUCAGUGGUGUCCCUGUGUGUUGUGCCCCUGUAAAAGGGAAUUCAGAACGUUUUGUUGUCUUCCCCAGCAGUUCUCGCAUGUACAAGAAAGGUGGUCUUGGCAACAGGUUACGUAUUUGUUCUCCUUGCAUAACCUUCUUGUCGAAUAAGUAAAAGAAAAGCCUUCCCCCUGCGCCUUCAAGGCCAAACCCAACAUCUUUGUGACCACUGACGGCUCUUCAUCAUUUACCAUCAGCGCGUUAUACGUCAAAUACCACUUGUGCCAUGUUUAUAAAUCAGUGUUUUAUAUUUUUGUACUGAAAGAAAUUGGAGCACUUUAGAAAAGUUUAUUUCAAAUUCCACUUGUUUUACCUGCAAGGAAAUCUUUCAUGGAAGGAAAUCCUGUUGAUGUAAUUGCGUGCAUCUCACCCAGAGCUGUGAACUCUCUUGAUGCUGUUUAGUCUUAGGUCUGGUUUCUAGGCCCACCUUGCACUGUAAAGAUUUAAUAAAUAAUCAUGGUUCGUGGUUAAAUUGAGCGUUUUGUUGGGGAAGCGUUUUGUUUUUUGUUAGGAUGUAAACAUUGUAAAUAGUUCCUUUCCUGUUGAUACUCAAUAGCAACAUCUUUGUAGUCCUUAUUUUAUUUGUAAAGUUGAUGGUUAAAUGUUAAUAUUCUGUUGAAUUGUGCACUCUUGAUUAAUUGUAAACUUGAUCUUAGCACACCAAAUGAUGAUUUUUACAAUGAUUGCAAUGUUUCUCCACUGAAGGAUUUCAGAGCUGCAAUAGGACUGAAACCAACUUCUAGCAAUAAAAAAAAAAAGUUAAAAACUGA